AGGAUGAUUUGACAGGUGUCAUCAAUGAAGUCAUCAUCCAACGCCAAAUCUUUCCUGCUGAUCUUUCUUUUGUUUUGGCUUCUUUUUGUAUCCUUGUUUCUAAUUUUAUACCCUCUCCUUCUUAAUUACCUUCCUAAUGAAGAUGAAAACAUCGAUUACCCGGUGUUCGAAAGAAGAAAGGAUCGAAAACACGAUCGUAUUCUAGAUGACAGUCACUGUUUAUGUGUGAUAGUGCCCUAUAGAGACCGAUGGGAUCAAUUGACUGUGUUUGUGCCAUACAUGAAUGAGUUUCUAAGAGAACAAGGAAUUCGAUCUUAUAUCUACAUGGUUAAUCAGAUGGACAGAUAUAGAUUCAACAGAGGCGCUCUUCUCAAUACAGGAUUCCUAUAUAGUCACCCUAGCUGCGAUUACAUGGCAUUGCAUGAUAUAGAUUUGCUACCAAACAGGGUUAAUUUGAGGUACAAAUACCCACCUGAAGCGGGCCCGGUGCACGUGACUGCCCCCAAAUACCACCCCUUCUACGAUUUCCCAGACUACUUUGGAGGCAUUGUUCUCAUCAGGAGGGAACACUUCCAGAAAGUGAACGGCUUCUCAAACAAGUUCUGGGGGUGGGGCUUGGAGGAUGACGAGUUCAGAAUGAGAAUUGUGGAUGGGGGGUUGAAUAUAACAGUGCCUUCGUUUCCUGAGUCGCACAAGAUGAACUCCUUCGUUCACAUCAGUCCAGAAGGAGCUGCGAAGAGCAUCCGGGACUCGAAAGACUGGAUGAACGACAUGCGUCGCAAGCGAGACAGAGUCGGAGGCUACCGGAGUCUCAAAUUCAAAAGCCUCCCUAGAGUGCACAAACUCACUGUAGACAGCUACCCAUUCGUACAGUUAGAUGUGCAGUUCCAGUGUAAUGUAACACUCACGCCUUGGUGCAUGUCAGAAGCAUAUCUAUAGACUCAAACUCAAAUUUAGUUUUCUAUUAUCUGUUCUCUUGUUGUAAUUUGUCAUCUAUAAAAUUGUAUCGAUAUUGUAAUUGCAUGUCUCGGCGCUGAAUUGUUGGUGCUGUAUCGUCCUCCUUAGUUGUAGUUUUUUGUAAUUUUUGUUCUAAAAAGUAUAUUUUUUGUCAUUG